AUGAGGAAAGUGAUUACAACUUUGCGGGAAUUCUCAGACCAUGACCUGGUGCACUUCUUCAUAAGACCUCAGAUCAUUGCUCGGAUUCUGGCAGGGGUUUUAUCCCUGACUAUCUUUGCCUCCUUGGUGACUGAAGGUUAUCAGAACCUGACAAAUUCUUCCCAACUACACUGUGUUUUAAAUGAUAAUGGGACAGCCUGCUGCUACGGCAUCACAGUUGGCAUACUCGCUUUCCUCCAGUGUCUUCUCUUUUUGGGUUUUGAUGCCUAUGAACCUUCCAUUACAACUCACAAGUUCAAAUAUACCAUCCUUGUCCUGGAUGUUACCUUCUCCAUUAUCUGGACAUGCCUGUGGUUUGUUGGGUUCUGCUUCCUAGCCAAUCAGUGGAUCAGAUCGACAAGCCACUACCUGCUGGGAGCUGGUGCUGCCCGAACCAGCAUCACCUUUGCAGUCCUCUCCGUUCCAUGCUGGGUGUACCUGGCCUAUGUGGCUCUGAAAAACCUGCAGGCUGAGCCACCUGUUCCUUACAAGCGGACCUUGGAUGAAGGAUCUGUUGCAUUGACCACACUUUCAUCUUCCACUAGCACUUCCCUUCCCAACAAUAUGGGUUACCCUGAAAAUGUGGGUGUAGCCUCCUACCCAUCCACUCCUGUACCCCACCGGCUGACAUUAAUGAAUACUGAUGACUAG